AUGACCUACGAGCAGUUGAACACUGUUCUUGUGCAAAUAGAGGCAUGUUUAAACUCUCGACCCUUGUGCCUGUUGACGUCAAAUAUUGAGGAUCUCUCGGCUUUGACUCCGGCUCAUUUUUUGAUCGGUGAUUCCAUGAUGUCUCUACCAAAUCCCACCACAGCGGAUAAAUCUUUGGACUUGCAGACGCUUUUAACUAGUUCGAAGUAUGACGACGGCUAUUCCUGGUUCCGCGUGUUUGGCGUCUUCUUCCCCACAGUCACAGGCGUUCUCUCUGGCAUCAACAUGAGCGGUGAUCUGCGUGCUCCCUCUACAGACAUUCCCAACGGCACCCUGGCAGCCUUUGGCACCUCAACGUUUCUGUACCUGGUGUUUGUACUCUUUCUGGGCGCAACCUGUCAGUGUGACAUUCUUUACAUAGACUACAUAAUCUCGGCCAAGGUGUCGGUCGCAGAUUUCCUGCUUUUGGCUGGCAUCUAUGUAUCCAGUAUGUCCUUCUGCCUGGGCGCCAUGUACGGCGCCCCGCGUGUUCUUCAGAGCAUCGCCAAGGAGAACGUCAUUCCCGGCAUAGAUAUCUUAGGAAAGGGCCGUGGUCCCAACAAAGUGCCUUUAUACGCCAUGGCCAUUGUGGCUUUGGUCACCGUCACCUUCAUUAUGGUGGGCAACAUUAACUUUCUGGCGCCCAUCGUGACCAUGCCUUUCCUGCUGACGUAUGUCUGCAUCGAUUACGCCUACUUUGCAUUGGCUAAGACCUUUGAUAUUCAAGAACAGCGCGAGGAGCGCUUUUGCAUUCAGGCCUUAAGUCCUAGCUACGAGACGCGUCGUUAUGGCAGUGUCUCAGACACGGGCAAUGAUCUUGACCUGCUGUUCCCGGAUCGAGUGCGCCACAAGAACCUGCAGAGUCCGCAGAACUCCCCGCUCCAUCAGACGGUGCCGCUGGCGCUUAACAGUGGGGGCACCAGCACCUCAAACCAGGCACAGGUCUCCCGUUCCUCGGAGCCGAGGUUGGGCACCGAGGCGGACACAGCUCUUGCUGUGGAUCAGGGGGCCGGGCAAGGAGGUAGUCACGAUCAGGAGCAGGGCGACGAGAUCGAACCGAUAGCUCCAAUACGCCCGCCCAUCCACUCGAAAACAAAAAACUGGUACUCGGGCUAUUGCAAUCGUUGGGCCUCUCUUAUAUGGUAUUACACACUUACUUGUUUCCUUGUGGUGUUUGUUGUUUGGUUUUACGUGGGCACGGCCAAUCCGGCCGUGAAGCCAGGUCUUACUGCGGAGUUUAAUUUUUUCACCUGGCUUAAUAGCGUCAUAUUUCGGCGUCUAGUUCUACUUUUUCCCGUGCAGACGUGA